AUGGAUGGGGAGGAAGAUGAUUUGUCUCUGCUGACUGCCCUACUGGAAGAGAAUGAGUCAGCCUUUGAUUGUAAUUUGAAAGAAGACAACUCCUUGACCCAGGAAGGUGAUGAACAUGACCAAUUUGAUGAGCUCUUUGAUGCUGAUGGUGACGGUGAAUCUUACUCAGAGGAGGGUGAUGAUGGAGAAGUGGGAAGGACUGAAGACCAGAAGGAAGAACUGGCUACUCUCUUUGGAGAUAUGGGAGAUUUAACAGAUGAAGAAGAAGUUCCUACUUCACAGUCAACUAAAAAUAUGACUCCCCCUGCUUCUGCUUCUGCACCUGAACAAGAGAAAACUAAUCAAGAAUUGCAAGAUGAAUUAAGGAAGUUGCAAGAGCAAAUGAAAUCCUUACAAGAACAGCUAAAAGUAGCAACAAUUAAACAACCUGCAAGUCCAGUCCAUCUGCAUAAAUCCCCUGGUAAGUCUCCACGUCCCCCUCUUAAGGAGAAGAAAGUUCAAAGAAUGCAGGAGUCCACAUGCUUUUCUGCAGAGCUUGAUGUCCCUGCUCUACCAAAAACCAAGCGGAUGGCUCGGACACCAAAGGUUUCACCUUCAGGACCCAAAAACUCAACUUCAGGGAUGACAAGUGUGCCCUCCCAGCCACUCCGAACUAUGCCUGGGAAUAAACCUAAUGUCAUGCCUAGAGAUCAGAGUAUAAGGACCCCAGGGAACCCUGGGGAACUGGCUCAGAUAGUCUCUGUGGAAGCCUUCUCUGGCCUGAGGCUCAGGUGGCCUCGAGUGUCUUCUACAGAAAUGAAUAAGAAAAUGGUUGGCCGAAAACUGGUCAGAUUGUCUCAGAUCAAGGAAAAGAUGGCCAGUGAGACAUUGGAAGAAAUGGACUGGGUAACAUUUGGCGUUAUAGUGAAGAAAGUCACUCCACAGAGUUCUAACAAUGGGAAAACAUUUAGCAUCUGGCGACUGAAUGAUCUUCGUGACCUGACGCAGUAUGUGUCAUUGUUCUUGUUUAGAGAAGUUCACAAAGAACUUUGGAAGACUGAACAAGGUACCGUCAUAGGAUUACUCAAUGCUAACCCAAUGAAACCCAAGGAUGGUUCAGAAGAGGUGUGCUUAUCUAUUGAUCAUCCUCAAAAAGUCUUGAUUAUGGGUGAAGCUCUUGACCUGGGAACCUGUAAAGCAAAGAAGAAGAAUGGACAGCCGUGCACACAGAUUGUUAAUUUGAAUGACUGUGAGUACUGUCAAUAUCACAUCCAGGCUCAGUACAGGAAGCUCAGUGCAAAGCGAGCAGACUUGCAGUCCACCUUCUCCGGAGGACGAAUUCCAAAGAAGUUUGCCCGCAAAGGCAUUAGCUUAAAGGAACGGCUGUGUCAAGAUGGUUUUUACUAUGGAGGAGUUUCUUCUGCAUCAUAUGCAGCCUCAGUUGCAGCAGCUGUUGCUCCUAAGAAGAAGAUUCAAACCACUCUGACGGAUAUGGUGGUUAAGGGCACAAAUCUGAUUAUUCAGGAAACUAAACAAAAACUCGGAAUACCACAGAAGAGCUUUUCUUGUUCUGAGGAGUUCAGAGAAUUGAUGGACUUGCCUACCUUUGGAGCCAGAAACUUAAAACAACAUCUGGCCAAAGCCAAGACAUCAGGGAUCAUGGGGAGCCCUAAACCUGCUAUACAGUCUAUCUCAGCAUCAGCCCUCUUAAAGCAACAGAAGCAACAUAUGUUGGAGAUGAGGAAAAAGAAAUCAGAAGAAAUACAGAAACGAUUUCUCCAAAGCUCAAGUAAAGGCGAGAGUCCAGCUCUACCAUCCUCGUCUCGACAGCCCCCUUCUCAGUCUCCACAAAUGAGAGCCAAGUUUCCCAGGCUGGAAGGAGCCCCAGCCACACAGACACCAAAGCUUGGACGAGGCAUCUCUGCAGGAGAUGAUAUUCUCUUCUUUGAUGACUCACCACCACCAAGACCAAAACUGAAUGCUUUGUCUGAAGCCAAAAAGUUAGCCGCAAUAACCAAAAUAAGGGCAAAAGGCCAGAUUCUUACAAAGACAGAUCCAAACAGCAUUAAAAGGAAGCAAAUGGACCCAGAGGAUGUCCUGGAAGUGAAGGACCGUGUAGAAAAAAGCAACACAUUUUCUCCUCAAGCUGAGGAUGAAUUGGAACCUGCUAAGAAAAAAUGGAGGGAGCAACUUGCCUACCUGGAAUCUGAAGAAUUUCAGAAAAUUCUAAAAGCAAAAUCUAAGCACACAGAGCUCCUCAAAGAGACUGAGGCAGAGCUGCAGGAACGCUAUUUUGAGCCACUGAUAAAAAAAGAACAAAUGGAAGAAAAGAUGAAAAACAUCAGAGAAGUGAAAUGUCGAGUAGUGACAUGCAAGACAUGUGCCUACACCCAUUUCAAGCCCUUGGAGACCUGCGUCAGUGAGCAACAUGACUACUCCUGGCAUGACGGUGUGAAGAGGUUUUUCAAGUGUCCCUGUGGAAACAGAAGUAUCUCCCUUGACAGGCUCCCUAAGAAGCACUGCAGUAAUUGUGGCCUCUUCAAAUGGGAACGGGAUGGAAUGCUAAAGGAAAAGAAAGGUCCAAAGAUAGGAGGAGAAACCCUGUUACCAAGAGGAGAAGAACAUGCCAAGUUUCUGAAUAGCCUUAAGUAA